GUGGAGCUGGGUCGCAGCUCGCAUGGGGGAGUCUAUCCCGCUGGCCGCCCCGGUCCCGGUGGAACAGGCGGUGCUGGAGACGUUCUUCUCUCACCUGGGUAUCUUCUCUUACGACAAGGCCAAGGACAAUGUGGACAAGGAACGAGAGGCCAACAAGAGCGCGGGGGGCAGCUGGCUGUCGCUGCUGGCGGCCUUGGCCCACCUGGCCGCGGCCGAGAAGGUCUAUCACAGCCUCACCUACCUGGGGCAAAAACUAGGGGGCCAGUCCUUCUUCAGCAGGAAGGAUUCCAUCCGAACCAUCUAUACGUCCCUGCACAACGAGCUGAAGAAGGUGGUGACUGGCCGCGGCGCCCUGGGCGGGACCGCCCCGCACGUGGAGGAACUGCUUUCCCAUCUGUCAGAGCAGCUCUGCUUCUUCGUUCAGGCCCGCAUGGAGAUCGCAGACUUCUACGAGAAGAUGUACGCCCUCAGCCCGCAGAAGUUCAUCAACGCUGAGGAGCUCGUUGGCCUUUUGGACACCAUCCUCAAGAAAUACAGCUCCAGAUUUCACCACCCCAUCCUCAGUCCUUUGGAAAGCAAUUUCCAGCUGGAAGUGGACGUCCUGAGUCAUCUCCUGAAGGCCCAGGCUCAGGUCUCGGAGUGGAAGUUCCUCCCGUCUCUGGUGAACUUGCACAGUGCUCACACCAAGCUGCAGACUUGGGGCCAGAUCUUUGAAAAGCAGCGGGAGACCAAGAAACAUCUGUUUGGAGGGCAGUCUCAGAAGGCCGUUCAGCCCCCACACCUUUUCCUCUGGCUGAUGAAACUCAAAAACAUGCUUCUUGCCAAGUUUAGCUUUUACUUUCACGAGGCACUGAGCCGACAAACGACUGCUUCAGAAAUGAAAACGUUGACUGCGAAAGCCAACCCAGACUUUUUUGGAAAGAUUUCCAGCUUUAUUAGGAAGUAUGACGCUGCCAAUGUGUCCUUAAUCUUUGACAACCGAGGUUCUGAGAGCUUUCAGGGUCACGGCUAUCACCAUCCCCAUUCCUACAGAGAGGCCCCUAAGGGAGUGGACCAGUAUCCAGCCGUGGUGUCUCUGCCCAGUGACAGGCCCGUCAUGCACUGGCCCAAUGUCAUCAUGAUCAUGACAGACCGCAUGUCCGAACUGAACAGCUUGGAAAAGGUGGUCCACUUCUAUGAUGACAAAGUUCAGAGCACCUACUUCCUAACCCGCCCGGAACCUCACUUUACCAUUGUUGUCAUUUUUGAAUCAAAGAAAUCUGAAAGAGACUCCCACUUUAUUUCCUUCCUCAAUGAGCUCUCACUUGCCCUUAAGAACCCCAAAGUUUUUGCGAGUCUGAAGCCUGGCUCCAAAGGCUAGCAGGUGGUUUGUGUGAAAGGUUUGCAAGACUGGAAAGUUUGCUCCUAAUUGCUCUAAUGAUCUGCUGUGGUCUGUGAUUAGAGUUUCCAUCCAUUCAUGCUUCUUUCAGAGCUAAAUUAAAGACAAAUCCUCCAUAAUUGUGUCGCACACUUAUAAGCAAUUAAGGCCAAUUGAAUUAAGUAUCCAAAGAGUAAUCUAGGAAGUGAUCAUGGCCACUGGGUCUCUCCAUGGUACAGCAGAGUACCUACAGUAUUUUCUUCUAUUUUCCUGUGUUUCAUGUAGACUGAAUAUUUAUUGGCCUUUGUUUGUUCUUUCCACCUGUUUUAUAUUGUUCUAAACUUUGUUUUAAUGCAAUUCCAAAUGCCUUCUCUUUUCCCCUCCUUCCAGGACCAGUAAAUGGGAUAAGAUAUUAAAUGGCCUUUUCAGAA